GCGCCGCGAGUAACGCGACUCGGUAGUCGCCACCCACGAUGUUUACCGAAAUUAAGCUGUUUAAAGCUAUAGCUAAAUGUCAUUUGAGGUUAUCACGCAGCCUACAGCAGGGUGGUCAGAGCUACCUGCGUCACCCCGGCGAGGAGCCGCUGUCGCACAGGACCCUGGGCCAGGUGAUAGAGGACACCGUCCACAAGUACCCCGGCCGGCUCGCCGUCAGGUCACUCCACGAGGAACGGGAUAUUACAUAUGAGGAACUCCUCAACAGGGCGGAUUCCCUGGGAUGUGCUCUACGCCAGAAUGGGUUUUCCAAAGGCGACCGCCUGGGCAUCUGGUCGCAUAACAACAUGGACUGGAUUAUAGCGCUGGUCGCCGCUGCCAGGGUGGGCCUGAUCUCUGUUCUUAUAAACCCGCUAUACGAAGCCUCGGAACUAAGUUACUGUAUUAAGAAGGCGGAACUGCGAGGUCUAGUUAUCGGUGAGAACAUUAACACGAAGCGGUAUUAUGACAUGAUCAAGCAGAUGAUACCAGAUAUCAGUAAAGCGAAGGAAGGAGAGCUGAAAAGUGCCGAGUAUCCUAGUCUGACCACUGUUUUGGCUUGUGGGAAGGAGAAGUUUGACGGGGUGAAUACAGUUAGCACGCUAGCACGCGGCUCCAGCCAUAAUGCGUCGCAGUAUGGGAAGGAAGUCAAAGCAGACGACGGCACCAUUAUACAUUUCACAUCCGGGACUACUGGCAAUCCAAAGGCAGCGUUGGACUCUCACCUGGGUGUGGUCAACAACUGCUACUACGUGGGCCAGAGGAACUCCCUAAACGAGGGUCAUCCAAUCGUCUGCAUGCAAGCUCCAAUGUUCCACGCGCUGGGUUCGAUCAUCACGCUGCUGUCUCCGAUUCAGUUUGGGGCGACCAUAGUCCUAGCUAGUCCCACUUACAACGUUCCAAACAACUUGAACGCGCUGCUUUCACAAAAAUGCACGUAUGUGUCAGGCACGCCGACGAUGUACGUGGACCUGCUCUCGCAUAUCAACGGCGCCGACCUCCCUCUUAAACUGAACACGGCCCUGUCCGGGGGCGCCCCCUGCAGCCCCCAACUCAUACAGAGGAUGAAGAAUACUCUUAAGACGAAGGAGGUUAAGGCGCUGUACGGUCUAACGGAGACGACGGCGAGCGUGUUCCAGUCGGUGCCGGGUGACAGCGUGGACGUGGUCGCCGAGACGGUGGGGUACAUACAGGAUCAUGUUGAAGUCAAGGUGGUAGACGAUAAAAAGAAUAUGGUGCCGUGGGGUAGCCCUGGCGAGCUGCUGGUGCGAGGGUACCUCAACAUGAUCGGCUACUGGGGGGAACCAGAGAAGACCAGGCAGACCAUCGACGAAGACGGAUGGGUAGCUACUGGCGACACAUUCACGAUAUCCCAGGAUGGGUACGGGCGGAUCGUGGGACGGAUCAAGGACAUCAUCGUGCGAGGCGGCGAGAACAUCGCGCCCAAGGAGAUUGAGGACCUGCUCAACACACACCCUGAUGUACUCGAGACUCAGGUUGUUGGAGUGGCAGACGAGAGGCUAGGCGAGGAACUCUGCGCAGUUCUAAAACUCAGAGAAGGGGCCACCCUAGCUGCUGUAGAUGUGAGAAAAUUCUGCGAGGGACGUCUAGCCAAGUUCAAAAUACCCAGGAUAGUGAAAUCGACGGUCGACUUCCCCAAAACCGCGUCAGGGAAGAUACAAAAGUACAGAAUAAAGGAGCUAAUAGAGGCUGGAAAAUUAUAAUACUAGUACUAUUAUUUCGCUCAAUAGCACGUACACACACCCUUAAGUAUUAUGCCUUAGUUUUGUUACAACCUGUAUAUCUUCGUUCCGUGUAUAACUUGCAUAGUACCGAGUACCGACUAUGCAAACAUGCAAACAUGGUUGUUUGCAUAAAACUAGUUCCAAAAAUCACUCGUUAUAAAAUCGGU